AUGACUCCAAACCCUAACUCCACCAAGACGGGUCCCCAGCAAUUUCAAGAGCUCUACACAAGUCUGAAAACUACCUUCGACGUGAAAAUUAUUUGGCUGCAGAUCACAACGCCAAUAAAAUGGGAGGCCAACAUCGCAAAAAACAUAGACUUUAUCAAUGGUAUCAUCGAAGCAGCCAAAACGUAUGGAGUGACAAUCGGUAUUUAUACGAGUGCCUAUGACUGGCAACAAAUCACGCACAGCUGGACUGGUCCCAUUCUCACUCCGUUAUGUCCAUUACUCAACUACCUUACUAUUGAGCCUAACAACUGUUAUCUGGACCUUACCCAGAUAGAGACAAAGUUUAGGUACUGGAAUGUGCUUGGCACUGGUCCGAUGGCUGAGACGCCGAGCACCUUUGAUGAUUUCCAUCCAUUUGGACCCUGGACAACGGCCUCCAUCAAACAGUUUGGACAAGAGGAACCCAUUUGUGGACAAACUGUCAACAGGUAGUG